UUUCCAAUGUAAAUUUAGCAACGGAAUGACUAUCGCAUUAAGUCUUUCGGUCUGUGCUUUCCUUUUUCUCGGUAAUGUGCUACCCAGCAACUCUCAGCAAUGGGAAGCAUAUCCUAUGUUGAAAGCACAGGGAUUGGAUACACCGUCACAGAUCCUGGAAAAUAGAGUAAGAGAUCAAAAUCAGGAUAACCUUACACGGUCGCAAUCCCAAUCGCAAUCGCAGCUGGGUUUACAGUAUCUGCCAUCUGUUACUACUGUAAGGGGAGGUCAACCUAAGGAUAUAAUACGUCUUUCGAUGAAACCGAUUAUUCGACCACUGCCCCACAUGCACCCACUAUUUCCAGACUUUGUACGAAAGAACCGGAUUAUACUAAUACCGGAUUCAGAAAAAUUACCACAAAAUCGCCACAUCGCGACUGUCGAUCAAUCACAAAACUUAACUCAGGGGCAGUUACAGUCACAGGCGCAGUGGCAGGAGCAAUUGCAGGAACAGGCACGGUGGCAGGCACAGUCGCAGGCACAGUCGCAGGCACAGUCUCAACAACAGUCGCAGGCGUUGUUCCAGGAACAGUCGCAGGCACAGUCACUGGCGCAGUGGCAGGAACAGGCACAGUCACAGGCACAGUCACAGGAACAGUUGCAGGCACAGUGGCAGGAACAGUUGCAGGAACAGUCGAAGGCACAGUCACAGGAACAGGCACAGUCACUGGCGCAGUGGCAGGCACAGGCACAGUCACUGGCACAGUUGCAUGCACAGUUGCAGGCAUUGUUGCAGGAACAGACACUUUGGCAGGCGCAGUCGCAGGAACAGUCGAAGGCACAGUCACAGGCGCAGUGGCAGGAACACGCACAGUCUCUGGCACAAUCGCAUGUAAAGAUGCAGGCCCUGUUGCAGGAACAGGCUCUGUGGAAGGCACAGUCGCAACCACUGUCACAAGCACAGGCAGAGUCGCAAGCACAGUCGCAGGCACAGUUGCAGGCACGGUUGCAGGAACAGGCAAAGACACUGGCACAGUUGCAGGCACUGUUGCAGGCACAGCCGCAGGCUCAGUCGCAGGAACAGGCACAGUCGCAGGUAAACUUAGAGGAACUGCUGCAGGUUCACGCACUGUCACUGGCACAGUUGCAGGCACAGUUGCAGGCACAGACACAGUCGCAACCACAGUCGCAGGAGAAGUCGCAGGAACAGUCGAAGGCACAGUCACAGGCACAGGCACAGUCACUGGCGCAGUGGCAGGCACAGGUACAGUCACUGGCACAGUUGCAUGCACAGUUGCAGGCAUUGUUGCAGGAACAGACACUUUGGCAGGCGCAGUCGCAGACACAGUCGCAGGAGCAGUUGCGCGCACAGUCACAGGCGCAGUGGCUGGAACAGGCACAGUCACUGGCACAGUCGCAUGUACAGUUGCAGGCACUGUUGCAGGAACAGACACUGUGGAAGGCACAGUCGCAACCACUGUCUCAGGCACAGGCACAGUCGCAGGCGAAGUCGCAGUCACAGUUGCGAGCACUGUUGCAGAAACAGGCAAUGUCACUGGCACAGUUGCAAGCCCUGUUGCAGGCACAGCCGCAGGCUCAGUCGCAGGAACAGGCACAGUCGCAGAUAAACUUGCAGGAACUGUUGCAGGUACACGCACAGUCUGUAGCACAGUUGCAGACACAGUUGCAGACACAGUCGCAAGAACAGGCACAGGCGCAGGCACUGAUACAGUCCCAGUCGCAAGCAAGCACGCUACCAAUGCCACGACCUCAGUAUGAAAUACUUCCAUCUAAGAAUGGGCCAGUUCAGCAGGACCCAAAUCUUCGUUACGUGAUGAUUCCGAGUCGGCCAAAAGUUAUUCGCCCGAAUCCGUAUAUCAUAAUUCCACCUUAUGGCGAGGUACGUCAUCAACCUCAGCUACCACCAAAUCCUCAGGAAUCGGACCUACGGCAACUGAUAAUUACUUCUCAAAUACGUCCCAGGCCAAAUCGAUAUAUAUGGAAUCCAAUCAAACAGAUAAAUGAGAACGCCAGUAUAAACACUGACUACUUACUAGAGUGGUACCCAUACAAAAAUGAAAGGGAUCGUAAAGGUGUCCACUUGGAACUAAAUGAACAAAAAAUUAAUAAUUUAGCUCCUGUUCUCCAGCUAAGACCAGCAAUCCCAGCCAUUAAACCCCAAUUGCCACUAGAACUACAGUCACAACAAAAUUCACAAUCGCACAAUUCUGAAUCGCAGAAACAAUUGCAGUCACAGUUAGAUUUACAAUUAUCCGUCUCAGGAUCUUCAGGAUCACAGUCCCACUCGCAGUCACAGCUUAAUUCCCAGUCUUUAGGAUCACAGUCUGAAUUGCAGUCACAGUUAGGUUCACAAAUAUCUGGUUCACAAUCUUCAGAACCACAGUCCCAAUCGCAGUCACAGCUAAGCUCCGAAUCAACUGGAUCACAGUCCCAAUUGCAGUCACAGUUAGGUUCACAAUUAUCUGGUUCACAAUCUUCAGAAUCACAGUCUCAAUCGCAGUCACAGGUUAAUUCCCAGUCUUCAGAAUCACAGUCCCAAUUGCAGUCACAGCUAAGCUCCGAAUCAUCUGGAUCGCAUUCACAGCAUUAUUCCCAGUCUUCAAAAUCACAGUCCCAAUCGCAGUCACAGCAUUAUUCCCAGUCUUCAAAAUCACAGUCCCAAUCGCAGUCACAGCUUUAUUCCCAGUCUCCGGGAUCACAGUCCCAAUCGCAGUUACAGAUUAGGUCACAGUUAGACAGCUCUGAACCCAAUGCACGGACGCAUGGAAAUCAUUUUAAAAAUGCGAAAACCAAUGAGGUUACGUCUGAGUACAAAGUAGACAGUCCACCAAAUUACCUCACCCAGGCGGACAUCUUGGAUAAUUCUAGGCUGACAACUGUUAACCUCAUUGAGAAGUACGGCUAUCCAUCUGGUACCAAUUACGUGACCUCCGAAGACGGCUACAAGCUUUGUUUGCAUCGUAUUCCGCGUCCUGGUGCUGAGCCAGUUUUGCUAGUCCAUGGCCUAUUGGCCAGUUCUGCGUCAUGGGUGGAACUUGGGCCCAAGGAUGGACUGGCAUAUAUCCUUUACCGGAAGGGUUACGACGUCUGGAUGCUGAAUACCCGAGGCAACAUAUACUCCCGGGAGAAUUUGAAUCAAGGUCAGAUACCGCGAAAGUACUGGGACUUCUCCUUCCACGAGAUCGGCAAGUUUGAUGUGCCCGCUGCCAUCGAUCAUAUUCUGAGUCACACCAAAAAGCCGAAGAUCCAAUACAUUGGCCAUUCGCAGGGCUCCACUGCUUUCUUCGUGAUGUGCAGUGAAAGACCCAAAUAUGCACCGAAGGUGCAUCUAAUGCAGGCCCUUUCCCCAACGGUUUAUCUGCAGGAAAACCGCAGUCCAGUGCUAAAGUUCCUCGGAAUGUUUAAGGGAAAGUAUUCAAUGCUGCUGAACCUUCUGGGCGGCUACGAGAUCUCCGCCAAAACGAAGCUUAUCCAGCAGUUCCGCCAGCACAUUUGCUCCGGAUCGGAGCUUGCCAGCCGCAUCUGCGCCAUCUUUGACUUUGUGCUCUGCGGAUUCGACUGGAAGAGCUUCAAUAAGACCCUCACUCCCAUUGUGGCUGCCCAUGCCUCCCAAGGCGCCUCUGCCAAACAGAUCUACCAUUAUGCACAGCUGCAGGGCGACCUGAAUUUCCAGCGCUUCGAUCAUGGAGCGGUCCUGAAUCGCGUUCGCUACGAGUCCAGCGAUCCACCAGCCUACAAUCUUUCACAGACGACCAGCAAAGUGGUGCUCCAUCACGGCGGAGGCGACUGGCUGGGAUCCACCUCGGAUGUGAUCCGGCUGCAGGAGCGUCUGCCCAAUCUCGUCGAGAGCCGGAAGGUCAAUUUCGAAGGCUUCUCCCACUUUGACUUCACGCUCUCCAAGGAUGUCCGUCCUCUACUCUAUAGUCACGUCCUGCGGCACAUGUCAGCCCAUCUCAGUGGGUAGGACAAUUACUGCAUAACACAUGAAAGAGUUUGUUGGGUUUAUUCAAUCGUAAAUUUUCGAUAAAAAUCUAGAUUCUUUGUAAUAUGAGUGAUACAAUGAAAUGCUGUGUGCAUACAUAUUUAUAUUUAUUCCAUUCUUAGUGUAGCCACCGAUAAUAAAGGCACCUUUGGGUAACGUGUCGUUCAA